AUGCACCACAUCACGGAAUAUGGACGAGUGUCAUAUUAUAAGCUAAACGUCACUAAGACACAGGCACUAAGUAUCAAUCUCCCCGCAACACAACUGGUGAACCUUAAGAGCUCGUUCCCUCUAGACUGGAGAGAGGAUCACCUCACCUUCUUGGGAACUAAAAUGACCAAAAACCCCAUGUCUCUCUUCAAGACGAAUUACCAACCAUUGCUAGAAACUUUUAAGUCCCUGCUGAGUUCCUGGGAGGGGAAAUACUUGUCCUGGGUGGGGCGGAUCGCGGCCAUAAAAAUGUCACUACUACCCAAACUCCAAUACCUAUACAGAACACUACAAAUUCCAGUACCAGAUAAGUACAUCAAAGCACUCACGAAAAUGCUAACACACUUCACAUGGCAAAAUAAAAAACCCAGAGUAGCGACCAACCUACUACAAAGGUCAAUAAAUCAGGGCGGACUAGGCUUCCCCGACCUAAAAGCAUAUUGCAAAGCGGCAACAUUGAUGCUGGUGCCACAAUUUCUACAACAUCCCACAGCCCCACAGUGGCUGGAAAUAGAAAAUAGCUGGGCCCACCCAACGACACUACAUUCCAUCCUGUGGACACCUAAAUCACAUAGGACGGACACUAGCCACCUUUUACCCACGACUCAAUACACCCUACAUGUUUGGGACUCAACGAAGCACCUAAUGACGCGAUACCACCCACUACCUUUGGCUGCCCCAACCAGCACCCUAGCACAUAUAAUACCGAACCUGAAUACACAACCAUGGCUACAGAUGGGCAUCCAAGAAAUAGGGCAGCUAUACAACGACAAAGGGCUAAAACUAUUUCCAGACCUACAACAAGAAUUUCAGUUACCCCACAGGCUAGGCUUCGCUUACCUUCAAAUUAAAUCCUACUUAGCUAAAAACAAACCUAACGGACCGGCUGCUACAGCCACAAAACCGAUGACUGAGUUUGAACAGAUAUGCACACGUAGAAAACCACUGAAAAAACUUAUUUCCAUCAGCUAUAAAGCUCUGACCCAAGCAUCAGAUCAGGGCAAAGAAACACACAUCCAAUCAUGGCAUAGAGAAUUAGGCAGCACAAUCCCACUGACAGACUGGACUAAGGCUUACUCCUCGUACAAGGGGGUAACAUCUUGUGCUACUCACAUUGAGAUGCAGCGCAAACUGUUAUACCGUUGGUACUUGGUACCAACCAGACUCCACCAGAUGUGGCCGCGAUCCUCCGACACCUGCUGGAGAUGUGGUCAGAGUAAAGGCACCAUGUCUCACGUUUGGUGGACAUGCCCCAUCAUCCAAUCCUAUUGGCUAGUGGUACAAAAGAUCAUAACUGCCACCAUACAAACGCAAAUCUCACUAACACUGGAACUGUGCAUACUAUUCAUACCACCAGACUCUCUUACUAAAGAUAAGUGGGCAGCCAUAUACCACAUCCUUAUCUCUGCAGUUACAUGCAUUGCUAGGCUAUGGAAACAAACGACAACACCAUCACGAGAGGCUCUCAUAAACCAAAUAAAACUGAACUGGGCCUACGAGAUGGUAUAUGCACGACAAUUUGGAGAAAAGAAACACAUGACUUUAGCACAUAACAGGUGGAAUGACUUUCUACGAUCAGAAGGACUACAAACAGAACCGACAUAAACCACGCAACCAGUCUCUUACACCCCCUCCCCCUCCCCCCCCCAAGUUCUCUCCCCCCAUCCCCACUCCACAUCUACCCUCUAUCCUACCUACUUGUUUCCCUGAAAGUACGAUGCUUGACAAUGAGACGUACAAAGCAUCAGGCCACUGGUGGCCGAAGGUAACCUAGCACAGAUAUGCACGAUACACUCUGGCAUGACCACCUACAGCCCUGAACCCCCAGAGGGAUAGGGGAGAAUAAAAACGAAUUCAUAUUGUCUGUAACACCUACCAAGAAUGUGGGGAAUUGUGUAAUCUGCAUAUGAUGUAACUUAAAUGUCAUGACUGUAUAUCGAUGCAUUGUACAAUAAAAAUUGUCAAAUUCAAAAAAAUAAAUAUGGUGAGAUCAAACUCUGAUUGGAGAGUAAAAAUACGAAACAAAAAAAGAGGUAGUGAUGUCAUAGGUGCAAUGUCAAAGUUCAGAGAGCAUCACCCCGGGUAGGAUUUAACCCCGUAAAGUGUGAACUGGUGAAAAGAAUAUGAAAUACGUGAGCAACCGAGAUGUAGAAAAUCCACAUGCUCAGGUACCAAUUAAAAAACAAGGAUAUAAAUAAAGGAUCAAAACGCCACCCAAGGUACAGAUCUACUAAAUGUCUAAAAAGGUUACGUACAAAAAGAGUAUGAUUAAACUAGAGCUGGGAUAGCCAGAUCCUAUAGAGGAAUUAGAGUUGCAAGAGGAGAUAUAAUCUAAUAUAUAUAGUAUAUACAAAGCCACACAAGAGGGUUAGAUAGUAUCAUAUUCUAAUUACACAUAGUUCUAAAUACAUGUAGCAAAUCUACUGGGAUACAGAACACAUGGUAAGAAUACUCUAAGACUAAAGAUAAACAUAACCAUAAAUAUGUGAAAAAAAUCAUUAUCUUUUCGGAAUGAAGCAAUUCAGAGGAUUAAUCUCAUUCAAUCCUCCUGAAUAUAUUGUUCCCAGUGUGAAAAUCCAGAAAGCUUCUCUUUGAAGGAGCAAAUUGUUUCUGUCACCUCCCCUCAAAGGGAUCGGGACAUGUUCAAUGCCCAUAAAUUUCAGGGUUGGCAAUGUGUGUCCCAUUUCAAGGAAAUGUUUGGCUAUGGGGGUAGAUGCAAUACCACUAGAGAGUGCUAUUCUGAUAGUCGAUCUGUGUCCCCUCAUUCGUUGCCUUAAAUCAUUCGAUGUUUUCCCAAUGUACAUAAGACCACAAGGACAUAAAAUACGAUAAACAACGUGUGUUGUAGUACACGUAAUCCGUUGUCGUAUCUUGUACUCUUUCCCUGAAUGUGGAUGAAAAAAUUAUUUUCCUGGGGUCAUAUUGUUGCAAGCUGUAUACUUCAAGCAACGAAAGCAACCAGGGUUCUGAUGUAUAAAACGUCUUGAUGCUUGUAUAUCAGUAUGGACCAAGUAGUCUCUUAGGUUCCUGUUUCUCCUAUAACUGAUCAUGGAGUUUUGUUGAAAUAUCACUGGAAGUGUCUUAUCUUAAGUAUCUCCCAAUUAUCCCGUACCAUUUUUGACAAGUCACGAGAUUGUGAAUGGAAAGUUUGAGGGAAAAUUAGUCUAGUUUGUUUAUUCUUAGUCAUAGGUCCAUCGAUGUAUAGUUGUAAUGCCUUUGAGUAUGCUCUUUCCAGUGUGUACCUUGAAUAUCCCCUCUGGGUAAAUUUCUCAAACAUUUCUUGUACCUGUACAGCAGCCUUAAUGGAGUCAGAGUUAUUUCUCAGUACCCUUACAAAUUGUGAUACCGGAAGAGAUUUUAUCAAAUUGGAAGGAUGGUGGCUAGUGGCAUGUAGUAAAGUAUUGCGAUCAGUUUUUUUCGCAAACAAAGUAUAACCCAACUUGUUGUUUUCAAUAAAAAUACGAAGAUCCAAAAAGUCCAUUUGUUUAUUAUUGAUUUGAUAUGCAAGUCUAACAGGUAAAUCAAGGUGAUUAAGAGACUGUAACAUGUUGAGUAAUAUUUGUUUUUCCCCAGACCAGAUAAUGAAGACGUCAUCGAUAUAUCCAUUUCAAAAUAUGCUGGCUAUAUUCUUGUAAAAUAUAUCUCUGUUCAUAUAUAGGCAUAUAUGCCUUAGCAUACAUGGGUGCCAUAGGGGCACCCAUAGAUGUCCCCGAAAUCUGGAUGUAAAAUGAUUUUUCGAACCUGAAGUAAUUGAGUGUAAGACAUAGUUCUAAUAACUCCAGGAUAUAUUCAAUGGGGGGCUCAAUUUUCUCCUGAUAUUGUAGCAGAACCUGUCGCAUCGCUAGUAUUCCUUCUUUGUGGGGAAUAAUAGUGUAUAGGCUGUUCACAUCGAUGGCCGCCAAGUAAACUCCUUGUGGAGGUAAUUCAAUAGAGCUGAGGGCGGCUAUAACUUGGGCAGAGUCUUUCACAUAGGUAGGUAAUGACAUAACAGGUUUCUUGAAUUUGGUGUCUAACCAUUUUCCAAUGGGUUCCAAGAGACCACCAAUCACAGACACAAUUGGACGGCCUGGUGGACAUUUCAGAUUUUUAUGUACUUUUGGCAAUGUGUAUAUAAUUGGACACCUCGGAUGCGUUUCAAAUAAGUAUUCAAAUUCAGCUGUGGUGAGGAAGCCUGAUUCUAAUCCCCUCGGUAGUGUCUGUUCAAUCACUUUACUGAAUUCGUUAACUGGGUCAAUCUCAGUAUAUUCGUAGACCCUAGUAUCAGACAGUUGUUUCAGGAAUUCAGCCCUAUAGUCUUUAUAUUGUAAAAUAACAAUAGCGCCACCCUUAUCCACAGGUCGUAUAAUGAUUGACAUAUCAUUAGCUAAGCUGUAAAGAGCCUCCCUUUCAGAUUUAGAGAUGUUGGAGAGUUACUUUUAGUAUUGAUUAUUUCCGUGGUGUUAGUUUUAAGGAUUUGUGAAAACGUUUUUACUGUAGUAUUGGAAGUAAGGGGAUCAAAUGAGCUGCGCAAUUUAAACCUUUCUGUGCCUUCCUCUUUAGUUUGAUUUUUCUGAUGCGAGUUUUUAAAGUGGUCUGCUAAAUGGAGUUUUCUAUUAAAUUUAAACUGGUCAAUUUCUCAUUGAAAUUUAUUAAUCCUAGAUGUAGGAACAAAUGAGAGACCCCUCUUUAAUAGCACAAUCUCUGCUGUAGUGAGGGUUCUAGCAGAUAGGUUAAUGAUAUGUGUCCAGUGCCUCUUCCCUUUCUGCCCCCUCCUGGUGUAAUGAUGAAGUUUGGAGGGUGCGCUAUGCUCAAAUGACUCCCACUGGUCGGUUCUCUCACCAGACCUAGUCCUGGUUCUAAAAAAGAUGAAUCAAUAUGUUCCGAAUCUUUGGAGUAUGCUCUCUCCCUCUGUGAAAUCCUUUGAUCAGAGUCAGACACUGAUUCGCCCAAAGUGAAGUCUACUGUAGAAGCAAUAGGUUUCCUAAUGCGGGGCCUGUAUGUUCUAUAUGUAGGUCUGGUGUUCUCUCCAGAUAACCACCUAUAUACUCUAUGCUCAGAGUAGUCAGCCUGGACUUUUGCAAGUUUUUCUCUCUUAAAUCUGACAAGGUCGUUUUUAUACUGUUUCAAAUCUUCCAUUUUUGAAUCAACAAGUCACAAUUAGGUGCAGCUAUUGUGGUAGAAUGUAACACUUCAUAAUCAGAAAUUUUAAACUUAGUAAUUUUUAGUUCUCGACCUACCUCCUCAAUAACGACCAGCAUCAGAUCCAAGGAACAUUUGUUCAAUAUGCCGAUCCACUUACGACAGACUUCAGGGUUAUUCCUUCCAAUAGUUGGAACAUUCUUAAUCCAGAAGCCCCUUGGAAUUUUUUUCAUGCGAUAAUAGUCUGAUAAGUAAAUGGCAUGUAAUUCAAGAUCUAUUUGUCUUUGUUUAAGUUUUUGUAAUUCUCUCACAAUGUCCCGUGGUUCAGAUGAGACAGGUAGGUCCGAGUCAGAUUGUGGCCAGAGUAUGACCCCAGGAAAAUAAUUUUUUCAUCCACAUUCAGGGAAAGAGUACAAGAUACGACAACGGAUUACGUGUACUACAACACACGUUGUUUAUUGUAUUUUAUGUCCUUGUGGUCUUAUGUACAUUGGGAAAUCAUCGAAUGAUUUAAGGCAACGAAUGAGGGGACACAGAUCGACUAUCAGAAUAGCACUCUCUAGUGGUAUUGCAUCUACCCCCAUAGCCAAACAUUUCCUUGAAAUGGGACACACAUUGCCAACCCUGAAAUUUAUGGGCAUUGAACAUGUCCCGAUCCCUUUGAGGGGAGGUGACAGAAACAAUUUGCUCCUUCAAAGAGAAGCUUUCUGGAUUUUCACACUGGGAACAAUAUAUUCAGGAGGAUUGAAUGAGAUUAAUCCUCUGAAUUGCUUCAUUCCGAAAAGAUAAUGAUUUUUUUCACAUAUUUAUGGUUAUGUUUAUCUUUAGUCUUAGAGUAUUCUUACCAUGUGUUCUGUAUCCCAGUAGAUUUGCUACAUGUAUUUAGAACUAUGUGUAAUUAGAAUAUGAUACUAUCUAACCCUCUUGUGUGGCUUUGUAUAUACUAUAUAUAUUAGAUUAUAUCUCCUCUUGCAACUCUAAUUCCUCUAUAGGAUCUGGCUAUCCCAGCUCUAGUUUAAUCAUACUCUUUUUGUACGUAACCUUUUUAGACAUUUAGUAGAUCUGUACCUUGGGUGGCGUUUUGAUCCUUUAUUUAUAUCCUUGUUUUUUAAUUGGUACCUGAGCAUGUGGAUUUUCUACAUCUCGGUUGCUCACGUAUUUCAUAUUCUUUUCACCAGUUCACACUUUACGGGGUUAAAUCCUACCCGGGGUGAUGCUCUCUGAACUUUGACAUUGCACCUAUGACAUCACUACCUCUUUUUUUGUUUCGUAUUUUUACUCUCCAAUCAGAGUUUGAUCUCACCAUAAUUAAAUCCUUACUUUUCCCAUUUUUCACCGUCUUGAUAAAAGUCCUUCUGGGACUGAAACGUCAACUUGAUCGUUUUAAAAUUCUACACGUUUGUGAAUAAACUAAGUAUAUUUUCUUCAAAGAAGUCCUCCUGAGUGCACUCUUUUUCUAUUGGUAUACAUUACGGCUGAGGUAGCACCGACACAGGUACAAGACCGGCAAAUUGAGUGCGGGAUAUUCGAAAUAUAUAUAUAUAUAUAUAUUGUCAUUCUAAGUGUAUUUUGUUACCUAUAUAUAUAUAUUAAUAACAAACUACAGUUAGAAUGAAAUUACAUAUGAAUAUAUAAUUUAUAUUAAAUUUAGUUUUUCAAUAUUUUAUUUAUUUUAUUAUUUUAUUUAUUGUAAUUAUACGUAUAUAUGUGUAUAUAUCUAUUACAUAUAUGUGUGUAAUAUUAAAAUACACUUAGAAUGACGUUACAUAUAUAUGUGUGUGUGUAUAUAUAUAUAUAUAUAUAUAACGUCAUUCUAAGUGUAUUUUACUACUAAUAUAUGUACUUAUAUUAAUAUUAAAAUACACUUUGUAUGACAUUACAUAUAUAUAAUAUAUAUAUAUACAUUUCUAUUUUAUUUUAUAACAUGUUUAAUGAAUUUUUUUUUUUACUUUCCCACCAGCAGGGGGACUGUCUGACAUUUCAGACAGUCUCCCUGCUGGCAGAUCCACAGCCAGCUAUAGGUGGCCAUAUUUGCCGGGCUCCCUGGGCUGUCAGGCAGCCCUCCAGAAGAGGAUCGCGGCAGAGGUGAGUACCGUGGACCUCCAGAGGCUCAAAGCCGCUAUGGCGUUCAAUGCCGCCGCAACGGCUUUAAAGCCCACUUAACGCGGGAUGGCAUAGAACGCCGUAACGCCGUUAUCGGGUUAACUCCUAAAUGACAGUGAAUUGAGCAGUGAAAUUGCAGAGGAAUGAUCUUUACACUAAAACUGCUUUAUUUAAAGUUAUUUAGGUGACUAUAGUGUUCCUUUAAGUUCAAUGUUUUAUUACUCUGAAUUUUAUGUGAUGGAUCAGAACACAAUAGUCUAAGUUGGUGAAGUGAAAUGAGAAAAAUAUAUACAUAAAACAAUUUUUUAGAAAUAGAAAACAGAAAAUUGGCAUGUGCGUAUGUAUUCACAACCUUUGUUAUGAAGCCAAUAAAAAGCUCUGGUGCAACCAUUUACCUUCAAAGGUCACAUAAUUAGUGAAAUGAUGUCCACCUGUGUGCAACUAAGUGUCACAUGAUCUGUCAUUACAUACACACACCUUUUUUGAAAGGCCCCAGAGGCACCACCUAAGCAAGAGGCACCACUAACCAAACACUGCCAUGAAGACGAAGGAACUCUCCAAACAAGUAAGGGACAAUGUUGUUGAGAAGUACACGUCAGGGUUAGUUUAUUAAAAAAUAUCCAAAUCUGUGAUGAUCCCCAGGAGCGCCAUCAAAUCUAUCAUAACCAAAUUAAAGAACAUGGCACAACAAACCUGCCAAGAGACGGCCGCCCACCAAAACUCACGGACCAGGCAAGGAGGGCAUUAAUCAGAGAGGAAGCACAACCCUGGAGGAGCUGCAGAGUUCCACAGCAAAGACUGGAGUAUCUGUGCAUAGGACGACCAUAAUCCGUACGCUCCAUAGAGUUGGGCUUUGUGGCCGAGUGGCCAGAAGAAAGCCAUUACGUUCAGCAAAAAACAAAAUGGCACGGUUUGAGUUUGCGAAAAGGCAUGUGGGAGACUCCCAAAAUGUAUGGAGGACGGUGCUCUGGUCUUACGAGACUAAAAUUUAACUUUUCUGCCAUCAAAGAAAAUGCUAUUUCUGGCGCAAACCCAACACAUCACCCAAAGAACACCAUCCCCACACUGAAACAUGGUGGUGGAAGCAUCAUGCUGUGGGGAUGUUUUUCAGCAGCUGGGACUGGGAAACUGGUCAGAGUUGAGGGAAAGAUGGAUGGUGCUAAAUACGGGGAUAUUCAUGAGAAAAACCUGUACCACUCUGUGCGUGAUUUGAGGCUAGGACGGAGGUUCAGCUUCCAGCUGGACAAUAACUCCAAACACACUGCCAAAGCAACACUUGAGUGAUUUAAGGGGUAGCAUGUAAAUGUGUUGUAAUGGCCUAGUCAAAGCCCAGACCUCAAUCCAAUAGAAAAUCUGUGGUCAGACUUAGAUUGCUGUUCACAAACGCAAACCAUCAAACUUGAAGGAGCUGUAUCAGUUUUACAAGGAGGAAUGGGCAAAAAUUCCAGUGGUAAGAUGUGGCAAGCUCAUAGAGACUUAUCCAAAGCGACUUGGAGCUGUGAUUGCUGCAAAAGGUGGCUCUACAAAGUAUGGACUUUAGGGGGGUGAAUAGUUAUGCACAUUGACUUUUUCUGUUAUUUUGUCCUAUUUCUUGUUUGCUUCACAAUAAAAAAACAAAAACCUUCAAAGUUAUGGGCAUGUCCUGUAAAUUAAAUGAUGCAAAUCCUCAAACAGUCCAUGUUAAUUCCAGGUUGUGAGGCAACAAAACACAAAAAAUGCCAAGGGGGGUGAAUACUUUUGCAAGGCACUGUGUAUCUGUAUUCCCAAUCCUAAAGUGUUCAUUUACAUUAACUGCUGAAAUUUUUUUUCUUUAUUUUCUCUGUCAUCACGAUGUAGAUCAUACAAACUAGUACUUUUCAUAAUAUGCAGAUACCCUAAACUUUCCUUGGCCAUCUUCUGUUUUACAUAAACAUUGUCACUUGCAAGCUGUGUAAUACUUAAUAGUUAUACGGAUAACUUUAUUUAUCCUCUCAUUGCCAUUAAAGGGACAUGGAUCACUUGAUAUUUUUUUAAACCAGCACACAAAUAUUUUUAAAAAGUAUACAAACCAAUACAAAGCACGAACAACUUUGAACAGUAAGUAAUAAAUAUUUAUAAAUUCCAUUCCCUUCCCCCUUCUUACCCACCCAUCUUGGUUUCAGACCAUUCCAUUGACAACGCUUUGUGUAGCAGUAGGAGGGAAGCCUGUUUAAGGUGAAGAGAUCUUCCAACUGUUCAAGUCUAACAGUCAGACAUGCCUGAUGUAAAUUUCCAGCAAUUCUAUGGAUAGGACACUUAGUUGGUUAGAUUUGUGUCCCCCAUAGAGUGGAAAGCAUAAGAAAUAUCAAGCAGUUUAAUAUAAAAUAACAUAUUUAGCUGCUUUUUCCAGACGUCCAAGUGGCAGUCAUAACGACUGUCAUGACUGUCGCUUGGACUGUGGAAAAAUAAAUUUACCGUAAGUAAAACAUUUUUUUUUUUCCCCCCCUUAGCCUACAGGAUGACACCUGUCUCAUUCUAAACUAAAUCUUUUUAAUGAGACUUGUCUCAAAGUGAUGCGUGUCCCUUCAAUUGCUUUUCUGUGAACUCCUUUUGGGCUUUGCAUUUCUGAUAAUAGAUUAAAACAAUCAAAUCUUUAGGAAAGCCUACUGUGGCAAACGUGCGUAUGCCACAAGCUCCUGGAAGAGCCUGCUAGCUAGCCUCCUGCCCAAGGUCUGUGUGCCAUAUACAAAGAUCCUGUUCGGGCAUUAACCCUGCCCAGCCGCCAUUAGCAGCUUUCCCUUCAUUCGAAUGGAACCGAACACUAGCUUUGGGUAUUUUUAGGUUUUAUGUUUGCCUCUCUGUUACUGGGAGAUAAUUAGCUUACCGGUUUUUAACGCAAUUAUCUCCCAGGCAAAUUGAUCUUUAAAAAGGGGCUUGCAUUGUAUUGGGUGGAGACCCCCUGCUGGGGGUUGUGUGUAAAAGCAGGCAACUUGGCCAUAAUAAAUUAGUUCCUUUUCACCCUUCACUCAGUCUGGGCUAGUGUUUGGGUGUAUCAGCUGUACUCUCUGCAGGAGCGCUUAAUCACUUGGAGCUGUACCAAGGACACUGUUCCAGGGCAGGAGACCCAGCUGUGGCAGCUAGGGAGCGAGCUUGAUGGAGGUACCCAGUCUGGGUGCUAGGCAGUCUGUCACACCUACCAUCUUUUAAGUGACCCUUCUUUCCUUUUCCCAGCUCACUCUUUCUUCUUCCACUCUAUGGUUCGUCCAUACACCACUUGUACUAGCUGAAUUUUACACAGGCAUCUUAUCCAUCAAUCCCUCCUCUUUUGUUUCUUUACUAUUUCCUGGUAGAUUGUAAGCUCGUUUGAGUAGGGACUUCUUCAUUACUUGUCUCUGUUGGUAUUCGUUUGUAUGCAAAUUACUUGUGAAAUAUACCCCUUCUAUCCUUGUAGUGUUGCAGAAUGUGUUGGUACUGCAUAAAAUAAUCAUAUUUCUCUUUCCUUUCACUUCAACACUACCAUUUCUCUUCAUUAAUGACAUUACAUAAUCUCAGUUAAUCAAGCUUAAUUACCAACUCUGGUAUUGGACUGUUAGUGUGUUUCUCUUGGCAGGUAUUAGAUUAAAAGAAACCAUGAUUAAUGUAGUUCAUUAAUACUAUAAGGUCAGUCUGGUUACCAAACCUGCAAUUAUUUUCCCUGUCACUUAUCCUUUUGCUUUUCAGUGUUGGUAUGCAGCCAUGAAGGUAGUAACCGCCGCUGUGGAGGACAGGGAGAUCUCCUGGCUGGGUCUCUUGGAGUUUUGGUACACUGGGCAUUUCUUGCUGGACCCGAAAAAAUUAAUGGGUAUGCUAUCCCAAGUUAAUUAUGCAGUUUUCCAAAGAAAAGAGUUGCCUGUGCACUACCCCAAAUCCAUAUGCAUAUUCAAACAAAUUGAGUUUUUUUUGUAUCACUCCAAUUGCCAUUAAGUGUAAGCCCACCUGCCACAUGGAAGCAAAAUUAAUUAUUAGUGUAGGACCCACCUAAGAAGAGGUUUGCUUUCUUCAGCUUCAGGCAAAAAAAAACCCCAAAACCAUAUCUAAUGCCUCUAACUGCCUGAAGCUAAAGGAAGCAAGGUGAGUUGUUCGUGUAGGACCCACCUAAGAUGUUUGCUUUCACGUGGCAGGUGGUCUUACACCUAAAGGCCAUUGGAGUGAAACAAAAAUAAAAAAAACUUUUUUUUUUUUUUUAAAUAUGCACAGGGAUUUCGGGUAAUAAACUUGUUUUUUGUUGUAUGUAUUGAGGUUCAUGUAUACUAUGGUCAUUGCUGCUGUUCAGGAGUAGUGGGAGUCUGAGUCCAGGACUUAUUUUUGUCUGGUUGUAUAUGCAUUUUUCCAACAGGUAUGUUAUGUUUAACAUUGUGAAAGCAAUAUCCUUAAUUCAGAUUUUAACUUCUACGCAUUUUGUUAAAUAAAUGUAACCGCAACGGUAGGCUCCACUGCAGAGACUAUUUUGUGUGUGUUUAAUUUUUUUUUGGCCCUAACAGUUGAGCCAUGGACCUCCAUUACUGUAUUUAACCCUGUAACUUUCCAUGACCCCCUAAAACCAAUACAUGGGGGGUACUGUUUUACUCCGGAGACUUCGCUGAACACAUAUUAGUGUUAACGGUAAAACAUAUCACAGCGAUGAUAUUUAUUUUAUUUUUUUGCAUUUUUCUCGCACAAACUGCACUUUCACUGAUAUUGUUGUGAUAAGUUUUACUGUUUAGAAACACCAAUAUUUUGUGUUCAGCGAAGUCUCCCAAGUAUAACAGUACCCCCCAUGUACAGGUUUUUCAUAGUGUUUUUGAAAGUUAUAGGGUGAAAUUUAAGGCUUGAUUUUCAAUUUUUUCACAUUGAAACUUCCCAGACUGAUUGUUUCCUUUGAGACUGUAUGGUAGCCAAGGAAUGAGAAUUACCCCCAUGAUGGCAUACCAUUUGCAAAAGUAGACAACCCAAGAUAUUGCAAACAGUGUAUGUUCAGUCUUUUUUAGUAGCCACUUAGUCAAAAACACUGGCCAAAGUUAGCAGUUUUUUUUGCAUUUUUAACACAAAAAAAAUUUAAGCUAACUUCGGUAAGAAAACUGAAAAACUGUCUGGUCACUAUGGGGUUAACAAAGAUUUUAACACAACUGGCUCUCUUCAAGCCACAAGUGGUCUUUGUCAUAUUAAUGGUGGAUAUUCAGUGAAAGUGAUUUGAAAAUGUACUCCCAUUUCUCUCUCUUUAUUUUUUUAUUUUUUACUCUAGUCAAAACCCAUUCCUUGUGGCAGCCUUUGGUGCCUGCUCACUUACAAGACAAUGUAACCACCAAGCUUUCCAGAAACAUGGACGUUCAAUGA